CAGAUGUCUCAUUCUGAUUAUGAAUAUUAAAAGGAUUUAGAACAAAAUUGCAUGGAAAUAAAAAAAACCAAAAAACAGCACAAUGAAGCUCAUUAACAUUUACAAUUAAUUAAGAUAAGACAAUAUGAUCAUGUACGGAUGACUUAUACAAAUAUAUAAUAGAGCAUAUUAUUUACAUUUUCUUAAAAUUAUAAGCGAACAAACACAUGGAAAAUUGGAAAUAUUUAACCACCCCUUAAAAAAGCAUUUUUUACUUUAUAACAGUAUGCAUGUAAUUACCAUAGUCAAUGAUGCCAUGUUUUCCUGUGGCUGCUGAUGGGACACACUAUCUGAGGAACUGGUUCAGUAUAUGAUACAACAUGUGGGACAGAAUAAGUCUUGUCGGACAUUCCUGGAGGUGGGCUGUGGAUCAGGGGCAGUAACUCUGUGCUUACUGUCCAAACUGCCUUGGAUGACAGCCGUGGCAUGUGAUAUCAGCCGUGUUGCCUGUGACCUUACGCUGGAGAACCUGACCAAGCAUCAAGUGCAGGGGAGAGCUGUUGUCCUUAACAUGGAUUUCAAAAGUGCAGAGACUAUGCAAUACUUAUCUCGACUUGGUCCAUUUGAUAUCAUCGUUAGCAACCCUCCGUAUAUACCCACAGCAGAUAUUGAUGACCUUGACCCAGAGGUCAGAAGAUAUGAAGACAGGGGGGCGUUGGACGGUGGGACUGAUGGACUGGAUUUCAUAAGACAUUUGCUAGCCGUUUCCCCCAUGUUAUUGAAGAAGAAUGGGAGACUGUGGCUUGAGACUGGUCUGGAGCAGCACAAGACGAUACAGAGUAUCAUCAACAGCGAUUCAAACUGUGCACUGGAAUUUGUCAAGUCUAUUGAGGAUUUCACCAGAAGAGAGCGGUUUUGUCUGAUAGAGAGAUAUUGACUCGUACAGAGGAAUAUACAUCUGUAUUGUAUAGAGUGUCAAUCUGAUAGAGAGAUAUUGACUUGUCUGUCUGAUAGAGAGAUAUUGACUUGUCUGUCUUAUAGAGAGAUAUUGACUUGUCUGUCUGAUAGAGAAAUAUUGACUUGUCUGUCUUAUAGAGAGAUAUUGACUUGUCUGUCUGAUAGAGAAAUAUUGACUUGUCUGUCUGAUAGAGAGAUAUUGACUUGUCUGUCUUAUAGAGAGAUAUUGACUUGUCUGUCUGAUAGAGAAAUAUUGACUUGUCUGUCUGAUAGGGAGAUAUUGACUUGUCUGUCUCAUAGAGAGAUAUUGUCUUGUCUGUCUGAUAGAGAGAUAUUGACUUGUCUGUCUGAUAGAGAGAUAUUGAGUUGUCUGUCUUAUAGAGAGAUAUUAACUUGUCUGUCUUAUAGAGAGAUAUUGACUUGUCUGUCUGAUAGAGAGAUAUUGACUUGUCUGUCUUAUAGAGAGAUAUUGACUUGUCUGUCUGAUAGAGAGAUAUUGACUUGUCUGUCUGAUAGAGAGAUAUUGACUUGUCUGUCUUAUAGAGAGAUAUUGACUUGUCUGUCUGAUAGAGAGAUAUUGACUUGUCUGUCUUAUAGAGAGAUAUUGACUUGUCUGUCUGAUAGAAAGAUAUUGACUUGUCUGUCUGAUAGAGAGAUAUUGACUUGUCUGUCUGAUAGAGAGAUAUUGACUUGUACAGAGGAAUAUAUUGUAUAGAGUGUCUGUCUGAUAGAGAGAUAUUGACUUGUCUGUCUGAUAGAGAGAUAUUGACUUGUACAGUGGAGUAUAUUGUAUAGAGUGUAUGGAUUGUUUGUACAUGAUGAUGUUAAUAAUGUCAGUUGUAUGAAGGUGUUGUAAUUUUAGUGCACUAAAAAUGUUCUUCAAAGAUAUGACAAUCUGAAUAAAAUUCUAAUAUAUUUAC